GCGUGCCCCGAGCGCGCGGGCGGCGGGCGGCUCAGUGUGCGAGGGACGGCGGAGCGGCGGGCCCCGGCCGGUGAGCUCCCGACGAGACCAGACGGCCCAGGCUGAGGAUCGGGAGCAGGCCGUCCGUGCGCGCGCAGGUCGCCGCCAUGAAGCCCCCUGCAGCCUGUGCCGGGGAUAUUGUGGACGCAGUGUCCCCGUGCUCCGUGGUGAACCAUCUGCGCUGGGAUCUGAGUGCUCAGCAGAUCCAGACCCUGACCAAGGAGCUCAUCGAACAGACCAAGUGUGUGUACGACCGUGUGGGCGCCCAGGACUUCCAGGACGUGUCCUAUGAGAGCACUCUGAAGGCGCUGGCCGAUGUGGAGGUGACCUACACGGUACAGAGGAACAUUCUGGACUUCCCUCAGCACGUGUCCCCAUCCAAGGAUAUCCGCACAGCAAGCACAGAGGCUGACAAGAAGCUCUCGGAGUUUGAUGUGGAGAUGAGCAUGAGGCAGGACGUGUACCAGAGGGUCGUGUGGCUGCAGGAGAAAGUCCCAAAGGAUUCCCUGCGGCCGGAGGCAGCUCGAUACCUGGAGCGGCUGAUCAAGCUAGGCCGGAGGAAUGGACUCCACCUACCUCAGGACACGCAAGAAAAGAUCAAGGAGAUAAAGAAGAAGCUGAGCCUGCUGUGCAUUGACUUCAACAAGAACCUGAACGAGGACACCACCUUCCUGCCCUUCACACGAGAGGAGCUGGGUGGGCUCCCUGAAGACUUCCUGAACUCGCUGGAGAAGACGGCGGACGGCAAGCUGAAGGUCACCCUCAAGUACCCACAUUACUUCCCGCUGAUGAAGAAGUGCCAUGUCCCCGAGACGCGGCGUCUAGUAGAGGAGGCCUUCAACUGCCGCUGCAAGGAGGAGAACUGCGCCAUCCUCAAGGAGCUGGUGUCCUUGCGGGCUCAGAAGUCCAGCCUCCUGGGGUUCCCUACACACGCCGACUAUGUCCUGGAGAUGAACAUGGCCAAGACCAGCCAAACAGUAGCCACCUUCCUAGAUGAGCUGGCGCAGAAGCUGAAGCCGCUGGGUGAGCAGGAGCGAGCGCUGAUCCUGGAGCUGAAGGAGGCGGAGUGCACCAAGCGGGGCCUGCCCUUCGACGGCCGCAUCCACGCCUGGGACAUGCGCUACUACAUGAACCAGGUGGAGGAGACCCGCUACUGCGUGGACCAGAACCUCCUGAAGGAGUACUUCCCGAUGCAGGUGGUCACCCGCGGGCUGCUGGCCAUCUACCAGGAGCUGCUGGGGCUGACGUUUGCGCUGGAGGAAGGCGCUGCCGCCUGGCACGAGGAUGUGCAGCUGUACUCGGUGCGCGACACCACCUCCGGAGAGGAGAUCGGCAAGUUCUACCUCGACCUGUACCCCAGGGAAGGGAAGUAUGGCCAUGCUGCCUGCUUCGGCCUGCAGCCGGGCUGCCUACGGCAGGAUGGUAGCCGGCAGCUGGCCAUUGCGGCCAUGGUGGCCAACUUCACCAAGCCGACGCCCGACACGCCUUCCUUGCUGCAGCACGAUGAGGUGGAGACUUACUUCCAUGAGUUCGGCCAUGUCAUGCACCAGCUGUGCUCACAGGCGGAGUUCGCCAUGUUCAGUGGGACCCAUGUGGAGCGAGACUUCGUGGAGGCGCCGUCACAGAUGCUGGAGAACUGGGUGUGGGAGAAGGAGCCACUGGUUCGCAUGUCUCAGCACUACCGAACAGGCAACGCAGCCCCUCAGGACUUGCUGGAGAAGCUUAUCAAGUCACGCCAGGCCAACGCAGGUCUCUUCAACCUUCGGCAGAUCGUCCUAGCCAAGGUGGACCAGGCCUUGCACACACAGACGGGCGCAGACCCGGCUGAGGAGUACUCCCGGCUCUGCCAGGAGAUCCUUGGGGUGCCAGCCACACCAGGGACCAACAUGCCCGCCACCUUUGGCCACCUGGCUGGCGGCUAUGACGCACAGUACUAUGGCUACCUGUGGAGCGAGGUGUACUCCAUGGACAUGUUCCACACACGCUUCAAACAAGAAGGCGUGCUGAGCCCCAAGGUUGGCAUGGAUUACCGGACCACCAUCCUGAGGCCGGGGGGCUCUGAAGAUGCCAGCACCAUGCUGAAGCAGUUCCUGGGUCGUGACCCCAAGCAGGAUGCCUUCCUCCUGAGCAAGGGCCUGCAGGUAGAGGGCAGUGAGGCGCCCGCCUGCUGACCGCAAGCCUCCCUGCCGCCUGUGCCUUAGCCUAGCCCAGGCUGGGCAGCCUCGAAGGCCCUGGGGCCUGUGACGAGAUUGGCAGUGUUCCAUCCUAUCGUGCCCGGCCCCAGGUCCCCUGGGCUCAGGCCGCCCUGGUGGCCUCCCUGCACUAGCCCCUCCCCAGCACCUGGUGUUGGCCAUGGUCUCUGUGAUGUCACCAUUAAACUUCACACGGCC